AACAAACCAGCUCUCUCUACUGUAUUAUCGUGCAACAAACUCCCGGGCAUGACAACAUGCACUCCCGUCUCUCUGCCACCUGCACACACCGCUGGGAAAACUCAUAUUUACGUCGUUGCCCGGCUUGAUCCUGAUCAACGCUGAUUCCCCCCCACCCUCCUCAAAGCAUCAAUUUUGGAAUCCAAAUCCCAACUGCACCCGGAUCCCUUUCCCAACCCUCCCUCACCCAGCCUGCAACCCGGUGACUCUUUCUUGUCGCUGCUGGCUUUGCCUCGUAGAUCCCGUCGCCUCCGCUCCCGUCCCUCACCACCCCUCUCCGCCUCCUCUCACCUCGACGUUCCGAGCCUCACCUUGGGGGGGCCUGGAUAUCGACAUUGACGACCAGACCAGGUGCUUGCCAGGUGCUCGCUCGGUUCAGAGAACAUCAACCUCGGACCAAUUGAGCCACACACUGCACACCACCAGCCUCUGCAGUCUCUCUUGGGAGCUCCCUGCACCGCUCCUCCGCUUGCACGUUGCGCACCUGCACAUCGUGUCAACACCACGGCACCGCGGCACCGCGUCCCCAACCCCCAACCGCCAAGCCACAAGCGGCGCUGACGGCCAUGGCUCCUUCCAAGAGCUCCAACCUCGGCCAGAUCAUCGAGUACAUCCCAGACCGCCUGUAUCUCGCCUCGUAUGUCCACCCGCCAAAUGAGGACACUCUCUUUCCUUACCCAGACGGGCCGGUAAAGUCGCCUACCAAGCGGUCCCAGAGGGCUGCCAACGGGCCCCAGGCAGUCCCCAAGUCUCCUUACAAGCAGCCCUACUAUUUCACCGUCGAUGAUACUCUGCUCUACAACAACUUCCACCAUGACUUUGGCCCGCUGCACAUUGGCCAUCUUUACAGGUUUGCCCUCCAGUUCCACGAGAUCCUAGGUGCAAAGGAGAACAAGGAUCGCCCGGUCGUCUUCUGGAGCAGAGCCGACCCGAGGAGCCGCGCCAAUGCCUCUGCCUUGCUAGCUUGCUACAUGGUCCUGAUCCAGUCCUGGCCACCACACCUGGCCCUGGCACCCAUCGCCCAGGUCGACCCCCCGUUGAUGCCCUUUCGUGAUGCUGGUUAUAGCCAGGCCGACUACGGCAUCACUGUUCAGGAUGUCGUCUACGGGGUGUGGAAGGCAAAGGAGGAGGGCGUGUGUGCCCUCGAGGACUUUGACCUGGACGAGUAUGAGAGGUUCGAACGUGUCGAGCACGGCGACUUCAACUGGAUCACCCCCAGUUUCCUGGCCUUUGCCUCGCCACAGCACGAGCCUGUUGCAAAGAUCCCCGAGAACUCUGAGCUCUGGGCAACUGUUCCCAAGACCCUGGACGCCAUCGAUGCGCACCCAACACUGCCGCAGCCAUUCAAGAACGUGCUGUCCCACUUUUCAGAGCGCAACAUUGGCCUGGUGGUUCGACUGAACUCGGCAUUGUACUCCCCAUCCUACUUUGAGGGUUUGGGUAUCCAGCACCUCGAUAUGAUAUUCGAGGACGGUACCUGCCCAGCAAUGGGCACCGUGCGCAAGUUUAUUAGACUGGCCCAUGAGAUGAUCACCGUCAGGAAGAGGGGCAUUGCUGUCCACUGCAAGGCAGGGCUUGGGCGGACAGGAUGCCUCAUAGGAGCCUACCUCAUCUACAGGUACGGCUUCACCGCCAACGAGGUCAUUGCAUACAUGCGAUUCAUGCGACCUGGAAUGGUUGUUGGUCCGCAACAACACUGGCUCCAUCUCAACCAGGGUGCCUUCCGGGAGUGGUGGGUCGAGGAGCGCAUCGAAAGGAAGCUGCGCAAGGAGAUGGCCGCCGCCAACCCCCAGCCAAGCACGCCUAUCCGUGCCAUGCAAAAGGCCAACAUCGGCCGCAGCCCCAGCAAGACCUCAACGCCCCCCAACCGCAGCCCUUCGAAUAGAACACCGCUGGGCGAGGUGGACAACGAGAGGGCGAACGCCCCAGCGGACCAAGAAAACUACCUGCCCGCACCCACCCCGGGACAGCCCCGAAAGACUCGCCACCACCCGUACAGUAGCCGUGGUGGCGUGUACCGAUCCUCGAUCGAAGAGGAGAAUGGCAGCAUCCAGCAACAGACUGAGGUGGUCUCUGUCCAGCGGCAUUCGCCGGCCGAGUCCGAUGAGGAGCUGCACCUGCGCAUGCGAGCAUCACGGAAGGUGUCCAAUUCCCCAAAUUCUGCCAAGUCGCGGUCUGUUAGCCACACGACAACGACAACCUCCAUCUAUACCUCUGUCAUUGACGACGCUUCCAACGACGUCGAGAACAUCGGCAGUUCACUCGGCCGGGUCAAAUCAGCCCAGACCUCACCUAUGCGCGCUACUUCCGCGUCGGGCGUCCUGACCAAGGUCCGCGGUGGCGGCGGCGGCAAAAGGACCGGUGACAGUCUUCGAGGCUACCCCAACGGCAAGGAGCCGGCAGGCGUGCGCAAGACGAGCGGCCGAGUCGGAAGUAUCCACAACCAUAGCCCGACCACUGCUGCGGCGAAUACUGCGAGAAAGAUUUCUGGAGCGCUCUGAGGCAGCGACCUCCGCCGAUGUUGUCGCGGUCGUCAAAUGGCGCCGUCCGCCUAUGCUGGCCCACACGGUGUGGGAGCAACAUCUGGAUGACGAAUUACGAACAUUACGACUUCUCUCGUCUUGUACUGCAUACAUGCGACGGCGUUUAAGGAUGGAUACCCCGGGCAAUGGAGACAUCCUGAGGAGUUGGCAGGGGCCAAUCUGCUGUUCGAGGCGGAUGGGGUUGGCAGCACUCUACCGAGGCAGGGGUGCUGGGCGCGGCCUGGUAUGAUCCGGGAUCGAGAAUGCGUUGAAGGAGACGGGCAAACGGGGAAGGAAGGCUUGGAUGAGAUGCGUGUGGUCCACUCAGUGCCAAGGGCCUUCCUUGCAGCAUUUCCAAACCCGUUCCGAUUUUGAGAUAAUCGCAUAGGUGGGAGGCUGGCGAUCGGCACAUUGGAGGAGACGGGAAAGGGCAACGGCGAGCGAGCAUUGCUUACUGUUUUAAUUUUGUUGGGGGUUGCAAACGAGGGCAAGGCGGAACGGUCGGCUCGUCCGGCUCGUCCGUGUCUGCUGUAACCUUCAUAUUUAUUUUCUGGAAUACAUUUAAGGUCUACAUCCUG